GAAGAGGCUGCUCGGUCUUGUUUGUAUCGGUGCUCGCACGCAGCGUCUCUGCUGUGAAAAUGCGCAUCGAAAAAUGUUAUUUCUGCUCGGGACCAGUGUAUCCCGGGCAUGGAAUGAUGUUUGUAAGGAACGACUGCAAGUCGUUCAGAUUCUGCAGAUCAAAAUGCCACAAGAACUUCAAGAAGAAGCGUAACCCUAGAAAGACCAGAUGGACCAAAGCAUUCAGAAAGGCCUCAGGAAAGGAAUUGACCGUGGAUAACGCAUUGGAGUUUGAGAAACGAAGAAAUAUGCCUGUUAAAUAUAACAGAGCUAUUUGGGAUAAGACAGUGGAAGCAAUGAAGAGGGUGGAAGAAAUCAAACGGAAACGACAGGCACGAUUUAUCAUGAACAGAUUAAAGAAGGGCAAAAUGUUGGAGAAGGAGGAGGCCAUCACCGAAGUGAAGAAAAAUAUUCACCUUAUCAGAGCACCACAUGCAGGAAAGGCCAAACAACUGGAAGCCAAGAUGGUGCAGAAGUUGCAAGAAGACGUGGACAUGGCGGAUGAAGAUCUGUAAUCUUCAGAAAGACUCUCAUGACCAAGUUAACAUGUAUUAUAUUGUACUCCUGUUUGGAAUUAAAAUGUCCAAUUGGCUGAUGAUGGACUCUGUAAUCCUUUUGAGUUUUAAAAAGCUUAAGAGGACUGAACGCAUUGAUCUAACAAUUAUCUGCCCCUAAAGCAGCAGUAAUUAACCACAUGCCUCCAAGUUUGUUUGUUUGUUUUUUCCUGUGUGGUAGUUUGUGCUUUAAAGAAUGUUCUCGAUCAUUUUGCAUAGUAAAGUGUAUUAGAGUAAUACAGAAAAGUUUAAAAAGGGUAACAAACAAAAAGGUAAUAAACAUCUUUUCAACUA